GUUUUCAAUCUUGUUCUCUGUUUCAUCUUCUUCUCUACUCCCUCUCCAAUUUCUUUUCGUUUUUCCUAGAGGAACCGUACAGAACGAGGAACUCGGUCUCCCAGCAUCUGAAAGUCUUCGUCUCGCUCGUGCUCUACAUUCUUCUUUUUCUUGUUGAAUUUAAUUUUUAUAGUUGCAGUUUUUGCCCUCAUCGAUUCCCAUCGACUGUUGCCUUUCAAUCCGCCAAGCAAGUUACAAAACGGCAUCCUCUUGUUUCGAAAGAAUACUCCAUUGAAUGCUUCUGUUACGAAGGUAGAAAAAAGGGAUUGAAUUCUAGGGUUUGUGAUUCUGGCAUAGAGUGAUGCAUUAUGGAUUAUUGCGGCUCAGGUCUUCAAAAGCUUAGAAAGGCGGUCUGGGAUUUUCAGGGACUGCCUUUAUGGUUAAGUCUAGUUGAUGCAUUAUAAGAGUAAAAAUGGCUUUCCAGAAAUACAUUCCUUGUGGUGGUGCUCCUUCUGCGAGUAUGAAGGCUUUGGGUUUUUCCUCUCGGGUGUCGCAAAAUGCUCAACUUACAAAUCUAGCAAACCCAGAGACAAGUCAUACGGAUGAGCCUGAAGUUGAUAUUGAUCUCAGAGAAAUUUAUUUUUUGAUCAUGCAUUUCUUAUCAGGUGGCCCAUGCCACAGAACUUAUGAACAGCUUCAGAGUGAACUUCUUGAACGUCAACUCUUACCUAGGAGAUAUCAUGCCUGGUACUCAAGGACUGGGGUAUGUAGGGGAGAUGAAAACGAUGAUGGUGUGUCUUUCCCGUUACCUUACACAAAGUUGGCUGAGAGGUACCCUCACAUUGAGAAGGAUCACUUAGUAAAGCUUUUGAAGCAGUUGAUGAUAGCUGAAGCCUCUCCAUCUCAAGGCAUGAUCCUUGGACAUGCUCCAAAUGCAGCUGAUGUUCCUACUCUUUUGGGAAAGGGGUCAUAUUCACUUUUGAGCCAUAAAAGGGACCAAGCAAAGAAUGAAAUCAAAUCUCUUCCUGCUCACAUGCGUUGGCCUCACAUGCAUACUGACCAAGUUCAUGGGUUAAGCCUGAGAGAGAUUGGUGGUGGAUUUACAAGACACCACCGUGCACCAUCUAUACGCUCAGCAUGUUAUGCCAUUGCAAAGCCGUCAACAAUGGUACAGAAAAUGCAAAACAUAAAGAAGACGCGUGGACACCGAAAUGCUGUGUAUUGUGCGAUAUUUGACCGCUCUGGGAGAUACGUUAUUACUGGUUCAGAUGAUCGCCUUGUGAAGAUCUGGUCUAUGGAAACUGCAUAUUGCUUGACGAGCUGCCGUGGUCAUGAAGGUGACAUUACUGACUUGGCUGUGAGUUCCAACAAUUCUAUGGUGGCUUCCUCUUCAAAUGACUGUAUCAUUCGAGUUUGGCGUUUGCCUGACGGGCUUCCAGUUUCAGUUCUCCGUGGACAUACUGGAGCUGUUACUGCCAUUGAAUUUAGGCCUGGCUCUGCAUACCACCUUCUUUCAUCGUCUGAUGAUGGUACAUGUAGGAUAUGGGAUGUCAGGAAUUCCUCACCUGGUCCACGCAUAUAUGUUCCAAAGCCUGCUGGUUCUAUAUCCGGGAAGAAUAAUGGUGCUUCCUCAAGUGCUGGUCCUCAGAGCCAUCAAAUCUUUUGUUGUGCAUUCAAUGCUAAUGGAACUGUCUUUGUCACUGGUAGCUCGGACACCCUUGCUAGGGUGUGGAAUGCUUGUAAACCUAGUUUAGAAGAUUCAGGUCAGCCAAUGCAUGAGAUAGAUGUAUUGUCUGGCCAUGAGAAUGACGUCAAUUAUGUGCAAUUUAGUGGAUGUGCUGUGACAUCUAGAUUUUAUCUGGUUGAUAGCUCAAAAGAAGAUGGUAUUCCUAAAUUUAGAAAUUCAUGGUUUUCUCAUGACAACAUAGUCACAUGUUCUCGUGAUGGCAGUGCAAUAAUCUGGAUUCCAAGAUCGCGUAGAUCACAUGGGAAAGUUGGCCGAUGGACACGUGCAUAUCAUCUUAAAGUUCCCCCUCCUCCUUUGCCACCUCAACCUCCAAGAGGGGGGCCUCGUCAGAGAGUUCUUCCAACUCCUCGUGGUGUCAAUAUGAUUGUGUGGAGCCUAGACAAUCGCUUUGUCCUUGCUGCUAUCAUGGAUUGCAGAAUAUGUGUUUGGAAUGCAGCUGAUGGUAGCUUAGUUCAUUCCUUGACGGGUCAUACUGAAUCUACAUAUGUUCUGGAUGUUCAUCCCUUUAACCCUCGGAUAGCUAUGAGUGCUGGCUAUGAUGGGAGGGCAAUAGUGUGGGAUAUAUGGGAGGGUGUACCGAUUCGAACAUACGAAAUUUCGCGUUUCAAAUUAGUUGAUGGAAAAUUUUCACCGGAUGGAACAUCCAUAAUUCUCUCGGAUGAUGUUGGUCAAUUAUACAUAUUAAAUACUGGCCAGGGUGAGUCCCAAGAGGAUGCAAAAUAUGAUCAGUUCUUCCUUGGCGAUUAUCGUCCCCUCAUCCAAGACACGUAUGGAAAUGUGGUUGACCGGGAAACUCAGCUUCUACCCUAUGUGCGAAAUAGGCAAGAUCUCCUUUGUGACUCAGCUAUGGAGCCAUACCCGGAACCUUAUCAGAGCUCAUACCAGAAAAGACGGCUAGGAGCUCUGGGAUUGGAGUGGAAACCGUGUUCCCUAAAUCUUGCUGUUGGACCAGACUUCAGCGUAGAUCCUGAUUACCAAAUGCUUCCCCUGCCAGACUUAGAUGUAUUGGUUGAUCCACUGCCAGAAUUGAUAGCAACCAUGGAUUGGGAGCCGGAAAUUGAGGUGCACAGUGAUGAUGCUGAUUCAGAGUACAAUGUUACUGACGGGUAUUCUUCUGGACAGGAGCAAGGAAGUUUAGGUUCUAAUUCCUCAAGUGAUCCAGAGUGCACUGCAGGAGACAGUGAGGUCGAGGAUGCACUUAAGCAUGCCCUUCGCAGAUCAAAGAGGAAAAAACAAAAGUCUGAUAUUGAGAUCAUGACUUCAUCUGGGAGGCGUGUGAAAAGGAGGAAUUUAGAGGCAAAUGAUGGCAAUUCAUUUAGAAGUAAUCGUACUGGGAAGUCAAAAAUUGGACAAAAAGCUUUAAAGAGGAGGUCUUCCACGUCUAAAUCACUGAGACCUAAGAGAGCUGCUGCACGUAAUGCUCUUACUUUGUUCUCAAGAAUAUCAGGAACAUCUACAGAUGGAGAUGAUGAGGAUGUCUCAGUAAGUGAUUCUUCAGAAAAUGAAGAUCCACAAGAUUCAAGCAAUGAGAGUCAAGAAACUGAUGGAUCCCUGCAAAAUGAGCAAGCCAGGCGUUCGAAAGGGAAAGAAAUUUAUCUAGAGUCUAUAGAUAAUGUCAAAUCUCAUGAACUCCCUGAAUCUCAAAUGAUAACUGGAAACAGGCGGAGACUGAUUCUUAAAUUGCCCAUUAAGGAUUCAAAUAAACUUCGUCUGCAAGAGAGUGCAUCACUUGGAGCUGAGAACCAGGUUGCUAUCAUAGGCUCAUCAUCCAAUGCUGCUCAUGAAGCCGUUGAUGUAAAUGGUAAUAAGGGCUCCUCUGAUUCAGGUUACACUGCUGGGGAUACCAAUUGCAAUCUUAAGGAAAUACAAGGGAGAGGACAAUUAAACAAGGUUGAAAGUCAUCCAGACCUGAAUGAGGGUUACAAAAAUGGUAAUAUUAGAUGGGGUGGGGUCAAGCCUCGUUCUUCCAAGCGUCUGAGAUUAACAGAGUUGACAUCAUUGAAGGCAUAUGGUCCCCUUGGUGCUUGUCGCAAUGAUUGCAGAGAAAAGGAGAAUAAUGUUAAUGGAUAUUUAAAACCUGAGAAGGAGCACGAGACACCAUCUGCUUGUUUAGAAGUUUGCGAUCAUGAAAGUAAGAUGGAUGAAUCUAUUCCGCUGAAUGGGGAGAGUAACCUGGAUGGCAGCUCUGAUGUUGUGAUUGUUGCGGAAGAAGCUUGCAAUCAUGCAUCAUCUAAGAUGGAUGGAUCUGCUAUAGCAGACGGGGAGGAUGAUUUACAUGGCCCCUCUGAAGUUUUGAAUAGUGCAGCAGAAGCUUGCAACCACCCAGUUAAGAUCGAUAUAUCAGCUCCAUUUAAUUGGGCAUGUGACGGGAAUGGCGCCUCUGAAGUUGUGAAUGGUGCAGCCAAUACUAAGGAGCACUCAGAUGGUAAUGAGAAUGGCGCCUCUGACCAUCGACCUGAAAUUAUAGAGAGACUUCCACCAAACUUAAGGAUUAGGUCAAAUUCCGUCUUGAUGAUUCCUGAAAUGCCUCUGCAGUCAAAAGUGGAGCACUCAGCAGAAAUUCGGAGCAAUGGUGCAUUUGAUUUGGUACAUGGUAAAACUUUGGACAUCAAACAGGAUUCGGUUUCAGAAGUGCCUCAGUAUGGGGGCACCAGUAGUAGUGGUCUUCGUGGUGGAGGAGCAGGAGAAUUAGAUCCUUGUUCCGUUGAGACUUCAACUGGUGCUUUGGGUGAUUCACAGUUAAAUCCAAAACGGAUGUAUGAUGUUGUUUAUAGGAGGUCAAAGACACUUAGGGAUAGAAGUAACUUAGAAGGGGAUGGUGGAAUGAGAGCUAGCACCUCCAAUGCUGUCGGUGUAGAUUCCCAUGAGGAGAUGACUGAAGGGGUUCACCGGACUCAUCAGACAGACCUAAACGGAAACACACAUAAUGGGAAUAUUGAGAACAAUGAACUCAAGAUGGGGCAAGGACAUCUAUCAGAGAAUGCACAUAGAAGCACGAGAAAUAACAAUGAUAGUUCCAGAGACAGAAGUCAACGUGCAUGUGAAGAAUGGGGAUCAACCUUUAAGAUGACUGUUGGAUUGAGGUCUACUCGGAAUAGAAGAAGCAGUUAUCAUUUUCGUGAUACAAGUCCCAUAGAUAAGAAGUCGCAUCAGGUAACAAAGGAAGGAUCGUGGUUAUUGUUGUCAAUGCCCGACGAGGGCUCUCGUUACAUCCCCCAGCUCGGGGAUGAGGUUGUAUAUCUGAGACAGGGUCACCAGGAGUAUAUAGAAGGUGCUCACUCAAAGGAAGUAGGGCCUUGGACCUCAAUAGGAGGAAACAUACGAGCAGUGGAAUUUUGUAAAGUUGUAGGCCUUAAAUAUUCCACAGUUCCCUCAGGGGAUAGUUGCUGUAAAAUGGCACUCCAAUUUGUUGAUCCUUCUUCCAGUGUGUGUGGAAAAUCAUUCAAAUUGACCCUGCCAGAAAUUACUGGUUUUCCAGAUUUUAUUGUUGAAAGAAGUCGAUUUGAUGCUGCCAUGCAGAGAAACUGGUCAGUACGGGACAAAUGUAGGGUCUGGUGGAAAAAUCCAGAUGAAAAAGAUGGUAGAUGGUGGGAUGGCAGAGUUGUAUCCGUGCAGCCCAAAUCUCCUGAUUUUCCUGACAGUCCAUGGGAUAGGUUCUCUAUCCUGUACAAAAGUCAACGUGAUAAAGAAUCGCACAGUCCCUGGGAGCUUUUUGAUUCUGACUUGCAAUAUAAUCAGCCCCAUAUUGAUGACCAUCAAAUAAAUAAGCUUUUGUCCGCCUUUGACAAUCUGGAGCAGUCUGGUACCAAAGCCCAGGAUCGAUAUGGGAUUCGAAAAUUUAAUGAAGCUUCGGAGAAGUCUGUUUAUAGAAACAGGUUUCCAGUUCCAUUGUCUCUUGAUUUGAUCCAUUCAAGGUUAAAGAACAACUAUUAUCGAAGUUUGGAGGGAUUGAAGCAUGAUAUUGGAGUUAUGCUGGAAAAUGCGGAAUCAUACUUUGGAAAGAAUGCAGAGCUCUUGGCGAAGAUGAGGCGCUUGUCAGAUUGGUUUACGAGGACAUUGUCAUCCUUGUAGCUGUAAGCCUCUAAUGAAGUCUUGUAGAUAUCGGCUGGCCCUAUUGGGUUCUUCCUUUUGUAGAUAAUUUUUUUUGUUGUAUUUGUUGAAAAGUUAAGUUCUCUUUAUCACCUAGUCUCGUCAAGUCCAAUUUUUGGCAUCAUUAUGAUAACUUUUCUUCUUAAAUUGGGUCAAUAGAUAUCUGGAAGGAAAAUCUAGCUGAUUGCUGUGGAGAAAACUUCGCAGUUGAUUUCAUUGUAAAGAUGGAUACUUCAUCAGCAUCAUCAAUAACUAUUUUUUUUUUGCCUUAAAACGCAUAGUUUCCUC